UUAUGGUACUUUUAUAACCGGUUCCGCCUUCUCCCUUCCCCUGCUCUCUCUUCUAUCCGCUCUGCUUCAAUCUCUUUCACCGCUCUCGAGCUCUAUUUGAUUGCUUAUGCUUCUUCAAUUCUUUCUCAGGAGAACCAUACAUGGAAGAAAUCGAUAUAGAGGUGCGAAUCUUCUGCUGCAAAAGUCUGUAAUCUACGCGAUCUGUUGAACGAUUGAACUGCGGAGAAUGGGGGGAAAUGGGCCUUGAAUCCUCCUGAAGUCGAGCACGAUGAGAUUCCAGAGAUUGAAUAGCCUAGAUGUUAUCCUCCUCAGCAAUGGCAGAAAGCCCAGCUUGAAUGCCUCCAAGGAAUCCGGCGCCCGAGCCGGAGCUGCCGACGACCACGGAUUUCCAAACUGCUCCCAUCAGGAACCCAAAUUACUUAGGGUGAAACCCAGCUCCGUAUCGGACUUCCAGUCCCCCAACCGAGAUCACUUCCUCGUCUCCUCCUCGGAACCCGACGCCGUCAACAGAACGAGCCCGGAAAAUGUCCUCUUCCAGUGGGGGCACAGGAAGCGGUCGCGAGGGCUGAGGGCCGAAGGUCGCACGACGGUGGCCGCAGUGGCGGCAGCAGAUGAAGGCGACGAGCCCCCGUCCCAUUCGAGACAGGUAGCCAGACUCCAGCGGCGGUCCUCGGCGGACACGGCCACGCCUGCAGCCUUGCCUCCACCCGGCGGGCCGUACGCCACCCGAACGUGGCUGUCGUGCGCCCCAGUCCGCGGUCCCACGGCCUCUCUCGCCAAUAGGAGCGUCGAAGAGCGAUCGGAGGGCCGAGCACGACCCGAGAAGCGCCGCUCGCUGGAGAAGUACCCAAAACCCUCCUUCCCCGCCGCCGGCAGCGAGGCAGCUGAUGGGUCCAUGAAUCCAGACCCAAAGCAGCCGCCCGAUCUGAAGCCAAAGGAGAGAAUCAAUCUGGAUCAUUUCGAGUGGCCCAGGAUCCAUCUCUCCCUCUCGAGAAAGGAGAAAGAGGAUGAUUUCAUGGCUAUGAAGGGCACCAAGCUCCCCCAACGCCCUAAGAAGAGGGCCAAGAACAUUGACAGGACCUUGCAGUACUGUUAUCCAGGUAUGUGGCUGACAGAUUUGACAAGGGCAAGGUAUGAAGUGAGGGAGAAGAAAUGCACGAGGAAGCAUGUCUUUGUUGGCCUUUUCGAGUGGGUCCACGUAUGUUAUGUUCCAUUGAAGAAAAAGAGACGAAGAGGGUUGAAGGGAAUGGAGAGUAUGGACUCGGAUUCAGAGUGAAGGGGAAUAAGAAAGGACAAUUUCUUUUGUUUUUUUCUCCCUUUUUUUUUUGAUGUAGUUUUUUUUCUUCUGAAUUUGAAUUUUAAUGUGAGUAGUUGUACGAACUGUUCCUCACAAAUAUAUAUUUUUUCUUUCCGCUAUUAUAAAAGAUUGUUGGAGCUCCA